AUGAACGCUCGCAGCUUUGAAGGCGAGAAGAGUCUGGAGGAGCAAGACAUCUUCGUAUCUCUAACAUACGAUCUUCUUGAUGCCACAGCACAGAUGGCAAGAGUCAAGAGCCCGAAGGCUGGAGCUGUAGUGCUGUUUGCAGGCUGUACACGUGACUCCUUCAACUCCAAGACCGUCACUCAUCUUUCGUAUUCCACUUACGCACCGCUGGCUCUCAAGUCACUGCUCAGUAUAUGUAAACACAUCAAGCAAGCUCACAACCUGGUCAGCAUUGCUGUAACACAUCGUCUAGGCCGCGUCGACAUCGGCGAAGAAAGCAUCCUCAUAGCAGUCUCCGCACCACAUCGCAAAGCUGGGUGGCAAGCUGGCGAGGAAUGCCUGGACAUGGUCAAAUCCAAAGUCGAGAUCUGGAAAGAAGAAUGGUUUGAGGACGGGGGAGUGUGGAGGAGCAAUCGCGAUGGUGCUGUGGGGGUUCCGGUGAGAAACGCUGGCGAGGCUGGAGAGAUCUCAACGACGAACUGA